AAAAUGUUUUGGUUUCAAAAUCCGUAAACCUCGAUUAUCCUCUUUUACCUUCAUCUGAUUCGAGAGAUCCUACGGAAUGGGGAAAGCAUCGUCAAAAUCUAAUCAAAUACAUUGAAGAUUUACAAUAUUUUGGACACCUUUUUAAUGAUCUAGAAUUUAUGAAAAAUUUAUUCAGAACGUAUAAAAAGGAUGAAGAUAUUAUUAAAGAUUUCAUAAAGUCCUUUGAAUAUGAUAUAAACAGAACAUAUACUGUAAAACAAAAGAAAAAUCAACGUUAUAAAAAUUAUGCAACAAAUUUGCUUCGAUCAUUUAAAAAAAUUAACAAUGAAAAUGAAAGAAAAGAGUUCUUCAUUAAUGCAAGGUUUUCGAUUUCUACUUUAUAUGACCAAGAUAUAGAUCCAAUUAUUAAUGAAUUUUUAAAAAAAAAAG